UUGAAGGACAGUGAGAAGAUGAGUGAUCCAGAACCCUGCAGAAUUAAACAGGAAGAGACUGAAGAACUAAUAGAUGUGAAGGUGAAGGAGGAGAGUGAAGAACUGAGUGAAGAUGAGGAGAAACAUCAUGUCAAAACUGAAAUCGAAGCUCAGACAAAGACUGAAGAAGGUUUUUUAAUGAGAAGAACAGCCGUGAAAUGUUUCACCUGCACUCAGUGUGGAAAGAGUUUCAGCCAUGAAUACAAUCUCAGGCGUCACAUGAUGAUCCACACUGGAGAGAAACCUUACAAGUGUUCAUAUUGCGAGAAGAGCUUCAAUUGUUCAGGAAACCUGAAUAAUCAUGAGAGGAUCCACACGGGGGAGAAUACACACAAAUGUGAUCAGUGUGGAAAGAGUUUCACAACACCGUCACAUUUUAAAGACCAUCAGAAGAUCCACACUGGUGUGAGAGAGUUUGAGUGUUUGACAUGCAAUAAGACUUUCUUUACAUCUGGAGACUUGAAAAAGCACCAGAAGAUCCACACUGGAGAGAAACCGUACGUGUGUUCGCACUGCAACAAGAGAUUUACUCAUUCAGCACAGCUGAAAGUACAUGAGAGGACUCACACUGGAGAGAAACCGUACACGUGUACUCAGUGUGGGAGGAAUUUCGCACAGUUAUCAAACCUUAUAAAUCACAUGAGGAUCCACACUGGAGAGAGACCGUUCACAUGUACUCAGUGUGGGAAGAAUUUCACUCAGUUAUCGCACCAUACAGAUCACAUGAGGAUCCACACUGGAGAGAGACCGCACAAAUGUGAUCAGUGCAGUAAGACAUUUUUGAGGCCUUCAGAUCUGAAGAAACAUCUUAGAGUUCAUACAAAGGAGAAGCCUUACUGUGUGCCCACAUCGAAAGCGGCGACAACAUCAAAGUAGCUGUAGGUCAUUCAAUUUUAAUAGUAGCUGGCGGUAGGGCUGUGCAAUUAAUCGAAAAUCCGUUUUCGAUUUUGGCUUGUAACGAUUAUGAAAAACCAUUAAUCGGGAUAAACGAUUAUUCCAUCACGUACCGCCCCCUUUCCAGUU